CUCAGCUGUCCCGUCACACCGCAGAAUCAGGAAACUAAUACAUUUCCCAUUAUAUUCGAGUUUAAUCUGUCGUCAUGAACAUAGAGCCUUUUUGUUUGGUGUGAGAAGAUAUUGUUUUAAGGACUUCUUCUUUUUUCACUGGGUCAAUGAAGCCCAUCAGAGAUGCUCAGCUGGGGGCUUUCACCUUCUUUGCCUCAGCUCUCCCUCAUGAUGUUUGUGGUAGCAAUGGCCUCCCUCUGACGCCCAACUCCAUUAAAAUCCUGGGGCGUUUCCAGAUCCUUAAGACCAUCACUCAUCCCAGACUGUGUCAGUAUGUGGACAUCUCCAGAGGGAAACAUGAACGGCUGAUUGUUGUUGCAGAGCACUAUUCAAGGAAUGUGGGUGAUUUCAGGCAAGAGGAAACAGCGAGUCCAGAAAAGGUACUCCAAGUUGCCUACGAGGUUCUUGAAGGUCUGGACUUCAUGAACAAACAUGGCUUGGUGCACAGAGCCCUCAGCCCAAACAAUAUACUUUUGGAUUGCAAGGGCAAUGUCAAACUGGCAAAAUUUGGCCUUUACCACAUGACUGAUCAUGGGGGCGAUGUUGAUUUUCCCAUUGGCAACCCAUCAUACCUUGCUCCAGAGGUGAUUGCCCUGGGCUGCUUCCACCCCAGUGAUCCGUCACAUAGUGAAACUCCAUUGCCCUCAGGACCUAAGUCGGAUGUUUGGUCACUUGGAAUCUUACUCUUUGAACUAUGUGCAGGAAGAAGAGUCUUGCAGAACAUUGAAAUAAGUGACAAACUGAAGUUCAUUUUAACCUUGGGUUGCAUGGAUGAUAUUGUCACUGUCCUUGCUGAGGAACAUGGAUGUUUAGAAAUCAUUAAGGAGCUGCCUGAGAAUGUUGUUGAAUUAUUAAGGAAGUGUUUGACCUUUCAUCCAUCCAAAAGGCCAACCCCUGCUGAGCUGCUUAGAGACCCUGUUUUUGAUGGCAUUUCCUGCCACUAUUCACCUUUCCAGAACCCUGUCAGUUUAUUUUCAUCUUCUUUGCGCUGUGCACACCUAGAGCUCCCAGAUGACAUCAGUGAUCUUUGCAAAGAUGAUGAUGAGGAUUACUUGUCAGAGCGCGGCAUAGAUGAGGUGUACCAUCUAUGGUGCCUCGCGGGUGGAGACCUGGAGAAGGAGCUUACCAACAAGGAAAUCAUCCAGUCUAAGCCGCCAGUGUGCACAUUGCCCAAGUUUGUCUUGGAGGAUGGGGAGUCAUUUGGCCAAGGGAGAGAUCGAAGCUUCCUGCUUGAUGACACCACAGUGACGCUGCCUCUGUGCCAACUCAGAAAUAGACUGAAGGAUGUUGCUGGAGAAGCCUAUUACCCUCUGCUGGAAGACGAACAGUCGAGCUUGCCGCAGUCUAACAGCAGCAAUGAGCUGUCGGCCACUGUCACGCUGCCACUCAUCAUCCGCGAGAGGGACACAGAGUACCAGCUCAUCCGCAUCAUCCUAUUUGACAGGUUGCUCAAGGGCUAUCCAUACAAAAAGAACCUUAUGUGGAAAGAGGCCAGAGUGGAUAUUCCUCCUCUGGUUAGAGGACUGGCUUGGGCUGCUUUGCUAGGCAUUGAGGGUGACAUUCAAGCUAAGUAUGACAGCAUUGACAAGGAUACUCCCAUACCAACCGACAGACAGAUCGAGGUGGAUAUUCCACGCUGCCACCAGUAUGAUGAACUGCUGUCAUCUCCUCAGGGUCACAUCAAGUUCAGGCGUGUGUUAAAAGCCUGGGUGGUCUCCCAUCCCGACCUGGUCUACUGGCAGGGUUUGGAUUCACUUUGUGCUCCAUUCUUAUAUUUGAACUUCAAUAAUGAAGCAUUAGCAUAUGCCUGCAUGUCUGCCUUCAUCCCAAAGUACCUGUACAAUUUUUUCCUGAAGGACAACUCCCAUGUCAUCCAAGAGUACUUGACUGUUUUCUCCCAGAUGAUUGCCUUUCAUGACCCAGAGCUAAGCAACCAUCUAAAUGAGAUUGGCUUCAUUCCAGAUCUUUAUGCUAUUCCCUGGUUCCUCACUAUGUUUACACACGUGUUUCCUCUGCACAAAAUCUUCCACCUGUGGGACACGUUGCUGCUGGGAAGCUCCUCGUUCCCCUUUUGUAUUGGCGUUGCCAUACUGCAGCAGCUCAGGGAUCGUCUAUUGGCUAAUGGCUUUAAUGAAUGCAUCCUGCUCUUCUCUGACCUGCCAGAAAUUGACAUUGAGCGCUGUGUUCGCGAAUCCAUCAACCUCUUCUGCUGGACUCCAAAGAGCGCUACCUACCGACAGUAUGCUCAGCCAAUGAAAGCUGGUGGUGAAGGCAUCUUUGGGAAAACGACAAUAUAUUUCUCGUCUGACUACCAAGACAUACCCAAGACAAACCUGUCCCGUGAGCCCCUGGCGCUGUGUGACCUGAAAGCUGAGGUGUCUCCCCGAAUCUCGGCUGAGGAUCUAAUUGACCUCUGUGAACUCUCUCUCGCCGGACCGUCCAAAAGGAAUAAAAGUGGCAAGCCAAAAAUUGUUGCUGUCGACAUCCGCAAUGUGGAAGACUUUGGUAGAGGACAUGUUUCAGGAAGCAUCAACAUUCCCUUCAACAGCGUCUUCGGUGCUGAUGGUGAACUUGUGCAGUGUCCUGCUUCAGGAGUCCUCCAGAACUACAGAGGCCGUGUAAUUGUGAUCAUCAGCCAUGCUGUAAAGAGUGCAGCUUUGUUUGCUGCACAUCUGGUCAAGGUGAAUUUUUCUCGUGUUUGUAUUCUGGAUGGAGGGAUCAGCAAGCUGAAGCCCACAGGACUCCUCACUGUCCCCUCACCUCAGAUCUGAACUCAUAAUCCACCUUCGGAUUAAAAUGAUAACCAUGAAGACUGAAAAUUGUUUGUGGAUAAAAUUUAAAAGAAAAAAAUCUGUUAGUGAACAGAUGUCAUCAUGUCACUCUGUUAAAAAAUAUCAGUUUGAUUAAAAUUUUAACUAGAUUGUUGAUGAUUCUUCUUCAUUUGUUGUUUUGUGGUCAGAAAGUGUUUUUUGUGUAUGACUUAUUGUAAAAUUGACCUGUAGUAACUAUGUAUGUUUGUGAUUCAAUAAUAAAUUGACGUUUCUUUUUAAA